CGGAGCCAGCAUCCAGCACAUCGCCGUGACGUCCUGUGCGGAUGCAGACGACGGAUGCCCUUACUGCCUCCGCCGCAAAGCUCCUCUCCUUUGUGUCGUUUUCUCCUUAUGUAAAAAAAAAAAAAAAAGGAGGUCGUCUUAAAUCCUGGACGAGUCAGCAGCGAGCAUGCAGAAGAGCUCAGUGGUCGUGGUGGCGGAUAAAACGAGCCUGAAAAGGCCGUUUAUCUUCGCUAACGCUAUACAUAUGGCUCUGUGUUUCUUCAUGUUGAGGAUGACUGUGAUUUGGCAUAGGGACCUCAUACAAACUGGCAAGAUGGUGCCCAGCAUUUCCGUAGCAAUGAUGUACGUGAUCGAGGUUGGCUGCCUGCUGCUGUCCGUGCUCGGCGUGUUUGGAGCCUGCAAAGGAAAGAGAUGGUGUUUGAUUCUGUACGCAGCCGGGAUGGCAGCGGCCAGUCAAACGAUAAUUAUCCGGACGGCGCUGAGUUACCAAGAUGUUUAUGAGAAACGGGUGGUCCGCGAGGAGUCCAAGCUGCUGGCCAUGAUGCCGCUCACCACGCCGAACAAAGCCAACAGAACGUUGCUGCAUAACAUCCAAGAGGAAUUGGAGUGCUGCGGUCUCAUCGAAGGCUACAAGGACUGGGGUGCAUCCAUCCCCGCCUCCUGCAACUGCCAUUAUCCAGGAAAAUGUGUGCGACUACGGGGCAGCGCCACUCUCGGGGCUCCGAAGAACCAGUAUGUCUAUCGAGAGCCCUGCCUACCGAUUUACCUCUCUGAGCUGAAGCUGGCCUUCUCCUUAGUGAUGGCCAUACAGUUCGGGAGCGGAGUGUUUUGGAUCAUUUUACUCGGCAUGAGCAUCAAACUGAUGGGGCAGAUAAAAAGGAAACAGGAGUUUAUAGCGCUCCUCCAGUCCAACAGAUAUGUUCCCGGUGCUUUCUAGCACCGCGCUGCAGUAGGUUUUUCGAAACGCGCACUUGGACGUAGUGAAAGCGUACACGGUUUGAAUCGGCACAUGGAGCCGCAUCCCAUAACCAGGCUAUGAUGUGCCGUAGCAAUAUAAGUUAUGAUUUUCUACAUGUUACUGCAUGUAACCGAUGUUUAAGCCUUACUGCUGUACAACCAAGCAAUUUGAUGAGAUUUUACUUGUAUUUAAAAGCUAUACACACUUUUUCCAUGCUUUGAUCGUAUAGAAGAUUGUGCUUUCAAAGAGUAUUUUGUCAAAUAAGCUGUUUAUCUGGUGCUUAUUUAUUACAUUUUUUUCCAGGGAACAUGUAGGGAAGUCCUUCACAUUUAUUUGCUCCCUAUGCACAUUAUUAUUAUUAUUAUUAUUUAAUUUGUGUGUUCAAACACUUUCAUUUUUCCGUAUUCCAACUGUCCUAGCACCCAAAAUGGGAAUGUGUUCAUUCUCGGUAGUUUCUCAAAAAUCUUCUUUUUUUCUUUAUACCGACCGGAGAUUAAUUUCAGCCGCAAGUUUCCCGACACGCUGGGUUUUAUAGUUUCCACCAAAUUUAGUAUUGGUCACGUCGGAGGUGUCAUGUGGACUAUGCUAUUUAAAGGGCAUGUAUAAUCUGUUUUAGAAUUUCUCGUUUUGUCGUUGCACAGGCUUUACCUCACAAUAAUAAUAUUCUUUUCCAUGUCAGAAUUCAAGAAAUAUGUUAAAAUAAAAAUAAAUUUAAAAGAUAAAAAGUGAGCACAAAUCAGCCAAGGACAGAGCUUUAGGAGAGUUGCAGAAGAGUGAUAUUAUUUUGGGAUGUAGAAAAGGCGAAAGUUGUACGUUUGAAUUUCAGUUUGUGAGUGGCGGUUUAUGUGUCGAUGUAUCCUGUGAGGAAUCCGAGAGAAAAGUGCAGUAGUCUGGAGACCUACAUUUUCAUACAAAGGGUUAUGAAAGCACUCUGUGGUGAACUGGGUCUUUAUUUCACCAUAAACUACUUUUUUGGUGCUUGUUACAAAAAAGCUGUCAUUCAAAACCGUAAAAAUCUGAUGGCAAUUAGGUUAGAUAUUAGAUAUUACCAUUUCCUCUACCGUUCUGACCAGCAUUGUCAUUCUGAUGCCCGUCGGUAUCAACACUCCCAUUUCUCCAAACAACUUCGUCACCAGAAUACUUUAUCAGGGACCUAUGCAGUGAUUUUGCAAGUCACAAUUUUCCCCGCAAAAUACGGCCUCUUUCUGCGAUGAUAAUGAAUAAUCAGCCAAUAAUACAGUCAAUGUAUUUGUUUUAAAUGUUCUUUUUGUCAAAAAAAUUAUCUCUUUCUACCAAGAGUGAUUUUUCAGACAGAGCAGAAACGAUGUCAGGGUCAACUACUGAAAUAAUCUGAUUUUGUUCUUUUCGUAUUUAACACAUACCUGAAAAUUAGGAACUUUUGCCAUCUUCAGUCUUAAACUACUACCUCUAUGAAAGAACCAGGACAUUUUUUUCUCUUUUAUGUUGUAUAAUAGUUGCGGGGGGAAAAAAACAACAACAAAUGGAAUAAGCAGGUCAGGCCUCAAAGAAAAGCAAAAGUCAAUAUUGGCCAAUAACAGCCUGAUCGCCACAGCUCUAUUAAGCAUACUUUCAAAAGCCAAUAACAAACUACCAAAAAUCAUGUUCUUGUAUUAUAUGCAGAUAUUUUUUUGUAGAAAUUCGAUUAACGUUUACCUGAAACCGCCACAUAAACACACAAUGCACCUUUUGUUUUUCUCUACUUGUUAUUUAUUUUUGUUCAACGAGUUUACCUUAACAUGCCAUCUGUAUUGCAAUCACUUUUUUGCUAUUU